AUGGAAGGGAAUUUAUAUAAUCAGCCAGUGGUGAUAGACAAUGGCUCAGGCAAUUUAAAAGCAGGAUUUGCUGGAGAAGAUAAACCAAAGACAUAUGCAUCCGCAAUCAUUGGUAGACCGAAAUAUCAAAAGAUAAUGGCAGGAUCAUUGACGUCAGAAGAUUCAACUAAUAAGAAUGAAGAUUUAUUCAUAGGCAAUCUGGCUCAAGAGAAUAGGGGAUUGUUACGAUUAUCUUAUCCAAUUGAACAUGGAAUAGUGAAUAAUUGGGAAGAUAUGGAAAAAUUGUGGUAUCAUGUUUAUACUCAAGAAUUAAAAACAAAUUCAGAAGAUCAUCCUUUAUUAAUAACAGAAGCUCCUUUAAACCCAAGGUCAAAUCGAAAUAAAAUGUGUCAGAUCUUAUUUGAACAGUUCAAUAUUCCUUGUAUCUACAUCUCAAUUCAAGCAGUAUUGUCACUAUAUGCAUCUGGAAGAACCACGGGGGUUGUGAUAGAUAGUGGUGAUGGAGUUAGUCAUAUUGUACCAGUAUAUGAAGGAUUUGCUCUUCCGCCGUCUAUAAAACGAAUGGAUAUUGCUGGAAGAGAUAUUACGGAAAAUUUAUCUUUCCAAAUUAGAAGAAUGUCAGGAAUAUCUUUACAAAGCAGUUCUGAGAUGGAAAUUGUACGAUUGAUUAAAGAAUCGUGUUGCUUUAUCUCUAAAGAUCCAAUAAAAGAUGAGAAACUUUAUAGUGCCUAUUAUAUGAGAAGUGGACCAUCCUCGGAUGUGUUUACAUCUUAUAAACUACCUGAUGGACAUUCAAUACAACUAGGAGUGGAGAGGUUCCGAGCACCCGAGAUUAUAUUUAAUCCUCAAUUGAUUGGAGAUGAAUCUCCAGGGAUCCAUGAACUAACAUCAUUAGCAAUAGCCAAAACUGAUUUGGACUUAAGACCAACCUUGUAUCAAAAUAUAAUUCUUUCUGGGGGGAAUACAUUACUCAAAAAUUUUGGAGAUCGUUUAUUAAAAGAACUAAAAGGUUUACAAGAGGAAUCUAAAGAUAGUUCUGCCAAUACCAUUUGGAAUAAGAACUUGGAAGGUAAUUCACAUUAUAAAACAAAAAUGAAGGUAAAGAUAUUUGCUCCGCCAGAAAGAAAAUAUUCAACUUGGAUAGGAGGCUCGAUUUUAGCAGGUUUAUCUACAUUCAAACGGAUGUGGAUUACAGCGGAAGAAUUUCAUGAAAACCCUGAAAUUGUCCACACUAAAUGCAUGUAA